AUGUCUACUGGCGGCAACAGUGACCCUAUGUCUACUGGCAGCAACAGUGACCCUAUGUCUACUGGCGGCAACUGUGACCCUAUGUCUACUGGCGGCAACUGUGAUCCUAUGUCUACUGGCAGCAACUGUGACGCUAUGUCUACUGGCGACAACUGUGACCCUAUGUCUACUGGCAGCAACAGUGACGCUAUGUCUACUGGCGGCAACUGUGACGCUAUGUCUACUGGCGAUAAUAGUGACGCUAUGUCUACCGGCGGCAACUGUGACGCUAUGUCUACUGGCGAUAAUAGUGACGCUAUGUCUACUGGCGGCAACUGUGACGCUAUGUCUACUGGCGGCAACUGUGACGCUAUGUCUACUGGCGGCAACUGUGACGCUACGUCUACUGGCGGCAACAGUGACGCAAUGUCUACUGGCGGCAACAGCGACCUUAUAUCUACUGGCGGCAACGCUAGUUACCAUUUCGUUUCAUCUGACAUAAAAAACUUAAUCUACAUGUAG